AUGAACGGACAGGGAUUGAGGGUCGCCGUGGUUGUGGCCCGUUUUAAUGAAUUUGUUACACGCCAGUUGCUGAACGGUGCACUCGAUACCUUGAGCCGACACGGCGUUCGCGAAGAAGACAUCGGUGUAGCGUGGGUUCCCGGUUCCUUCGAACUUCCCGUAGUAGCCAAGACACUGGCUCAAACGGGGCGCUACGAUUCAGUUAUCUGUCUUGGCGCAGUAAUUCGGGGCGAGACCGACCACUACGAAAUGGUUGCAGGUCAGUCUGCCGGCGGCAUAGCAUCCGUGGGCCUGGAAACCGGCGUUCCCACUAUAUUCGGCGUAUUGACUGCGGAAAACAUGGACCAGGCCAUUAACCGUGCGGGAGGAAAGUCCGGAAACAUUGGCAGCAACUCCGCGACCGCCGCAGUGGAAACCGCUCGCCUGGUUCAAUCCAUCAAAACUGGCUAG